AUGAAGAGCGUGAUCCUUCUUUCCAGCUGGCUGUUUGCUGUCUCGGCGCAGCAGAUCUACCUGCCCGCCGAUGGACCUGUCCGGCGGCCUGACAAAUGCUCAUCGGACGCCUACUACGCCACCGCGAGCCCGGUCUAUUCGUUCACGCAGUUCUCCUUUACGCAGACUGAGACUGUGCGCACGGCCACGGCUGUCACUCCCGGUCCUACCAAGACCUACGCUCCACCUUACCAGUCGCUAAGUCACCUCGUUCCGGAUCUGUCGACGACGACUUGGGGUAACUGGUACCCAAACGCCACUGCAACGCCGACGGAUACUGCCGAUCCGUAUGGACAGGCAGCUUGGUCGGCUCUGUGGGAGCGCGCGUCCCUGGUCAACUUUACCAGCCGGGGAAUGUACUCGACUACCGUCUCCCCGACUCCGGUACCCACGAGCGAGCUUGUGCUCCCACCUCCGAGGUACUUUCAGCCGCAGGACUGCUACUACUUUCCCGAGGACUUUGAGUUUGGGGUCGCCGGCUCGGCUGCUCAGAUCGAGGGCGCCAUAGCCGACGAGGGCCGCGCGCCUGCCAUCCUGGACCUGGCCGCCGCCAACCCGAAUCGUCCGGGGCUGCCAAACUACGUGACGAACGAGAACUACUACCUGUAUAAGCAGGACAUUGUGCGCCUGGCUGCCAUGGGAGUCAAGCACUACUCCUUCUCAAUCCCCUGGACGAGGAUCCUACCGUUCGCGCUCGAGGGCACGCCCAUCAACAAGCAAGGGCUAGACCACUAUGAUGAUCUCAUCAAUUUUGUCAUAUCCAAGGGCAUGGAACCUCAUGUUACCCUUAUCCACUUUGACACGCCCUUGCAGUUCUACGAGGACCCUCACAACCCCGGCCCGUCGCGGCUCGGAUACAGCAACGGAGCCUACAGCAACGAGAGUUUCCAGGAUGCCUUUGUGCACUACGGCAAGGUUCUCAUGACGCAUUUUUCCGACCGCGUGCCCGUGUGGUUCACCUACAACGAGCCGCUGCUGUGGAGCGACAACGCCAAGGCCAUCGACACCGUAGUCAAAUCCCACGCCCGUCUAUACCACUUUUACCACGACGAGAUCAAAGGCAGCGGAAGGGUGUCUAUCAAGUUCAACGACAACUUUGGCGUGCCGCGCGACCCCAGCAAACCCGAGGACGUAGUGGCGGCCAACCACUUCAACGACUUUCAGCUCGCCACCUUUGCAAACCCCAUCUUCCUCGGCAAGGACUACCCAGAGGCCUUCAAGAUGACCUUUCCAGACUACGUGCGGCUGAGCGAGGCGGACCUCGAGUACGUCAACGGCACGGCGGACUUUUUCGGCAUCGACCCGUACACCGCAACGGUGAUCGCGGCGCCGCCCCAAGGCAUCGCGGCCUGCGCGGCCAACCAGUCCGACCCGCUGUUCCCCUACUGCGUGGAGCAGAGCAGCACGACGACGGCCGGCUGGGACAUUGGGUACCGGUCGCAGUCGUACGUGUACAUGACGCCCAAGUACCUGCGGACGUACCUCAACUACCUCUGGAACUCGUUCCGGCACCCGAUCGUCAUCACCGAGUUUGGGUUCCCGGUGGCGAGCGAGGGAUCGGCGACGCCCGCCGCGCAGCGGUUUGACGAGCCCCGGAGCGACUACUACGUCGGCUUCCUGACCGAGGCGCUCAGGGCCAUCUGGGAGGACGGCGUGCACGUGGCUGGGGCGUUUGCGUGGAGCUUUGCCGACAACUGGGAGUUUGGCGACUACGAGCAGCAAUUCGGGCUGCAGACCGUCAACCGGACCACCAUGGAGCGGCGGUACAAGAAGAGCUUUUUUGACCUGGUGGACUUUGUGGCAGCGAGGACGCAAAGGUAG